GGACCCACAUUGGCUCCAUCCUAUGGAGAAAGGACAAAAAUUAUAAACUGGGGCCCACAUACAAAAAACAGGACAAACAAACCCAGAGCUAAACGAAACCUUGAAAACAAAAUUUCCUAAAAAGAAAAAAAAAAUUACUUACCCAAAUAGAUAAUGAUCAGAACCACCACUCAACAUCUCCUAUGGCUGACACCUACUGCCCGGACUGUAAGCGUCCUACCGAAGUAGUCUUCGACCACUCCGCCGGUGACACCGUCUGCUCUGAGUGUGGCCUCGUCUUGGAGGCCCAUUCCAUUGAUGAGACCUCCGAGUGGCGAACCUUUGCCAACGAGUCUACUGAUAAUGACCCUGUUCGUGUUGGUGGUCCCUCUAAUCCUCUUCUUGCCGACGGUGGCCUUUCUACCGUCAUUUCUAAACCAACUGGGGCUUCUGGGGAUUUCUUGACCACUUCUUUGGGCCGCUGGCAGAACCGUGGCUCCAACCCCGAUCGUUCUCUUAUCCAAGCGUUUAAGACCAUUGCUACCAUGUCUGACAGGUUGGGCCUUGUUGCAACCAUAAAGGAUAGAGCUAAUGAAAUUUAUAAGAAAGUAGAAGAUCAAAAACCUCUCAGAGGACGAAAUCAGGAUGCAAUUUUGGCUGCCUGCCUUUACAUUGCUUGUAGACAAGAAGACAAACCCCGGACCGUAAAAGAAAUUUGUUCAGUAGCUAAUGGAGCCACAAAGAAGGAGAUUGGCCGUGCAAAGGAGUAUAUUGUGAAGCAACUGGAGGUGGAGCUGGGUCAGUCCAUGGAAAUGGGAACAAUACAUGCUGGAGACUUUCUGAGACGUUUUUGUUCUCAUCUUGGGAUGAACAAUCAAGCGGUUAAAGCAGCUCAGGAAGCUGUACAGAAAUCUGAAGAGCUCGAUAUAAGGCGAAGCCCCAUAUCAAUAGCAGCAGCCAUUAUUUACAUUAUAACUCAGCUCUCCGAGGACAAGAAACUUCUCAAAGAUAUAUCACUGUCUACAGGAGUAGCAGAAGGGACCAUUAGGAAUUCCUACAAGGACCUCUAUCCCUAUGCUGCAAGGAUUAUACCAAGCUGGUAUGCAAAGGAGGAUGACCUCAAGAACCUAUGCAGUCCUUGAAUAACCAAGGACAUUGGUAGGGUAGGCUGCAUGCAGCAUUUCUUUUUAAGUUAGAUGCUGCUUCUGUUCAUUAAUUUCCACUACUUGACAUUUGACAAGCUCUAACUUUGCACCACUGAACUCUAAUUAUAGUGCAAUUAUUUGCCAA